AGUAAAGCCGACAAAAAUCAUACACAUAAAUCCUUCACUACUGUUAGAGCAGACGACAUAAUAUUGAACUAUGAUUUGGGUUCAAGUGCACCUUUAGAGAAUCCGAGUACAAGCGUAAAAGAUACUCUUAACAAUUUAGAUAAGAGUUGCAGGAAUAUCGAAGAUCAUGCCAGAAACUUUGAAGCAUAUGAACUACCAUCAAUGUUAGACAGUAAAGCCGACAAAAAUCAUACACAUAAAUCCUUCACUACUGUUAGAGCAGACGACAUAAUAUUGAACUAUGAUUUGGGUUCAAGUGCACCUUUAGAGAAUCCGAGUACAAGCGUAAAAGAUACUCUUAACAAUUUAGAUAAGAGUUGCAGGAAUAUCGAAGAUCAUGCCAGAAACUUUGAAGCAUAUGAACUACCCGCAAUGCUAGACAAGAAAGCAGACAAAACAGAGCUUCAAACAUUAAAGACUCAGAUUCUUGAAACAUUAUAUCCUAUAGGCUCUAUUUAUACGUCAAUGAACUCAACAAAUCCAGCAACAGUUUUAGGUUUUGGUACAUGGCAGCAGAUUGUAGACAAAUUCUUAUACUGUGCUAACUCUUCAAAGCAAACAGGAGGUUCGAAGAAAAUUACUGAAGCAAACCUUCCACCGCACACUCAUACAGGAACUACAAACUUUUCUGGCAACCAUAGCCACUCAUUAAGAGACCAUCCAUUAUACAACUCAGAGUAUGAAGCUGGCAAUGAUGUUUUAUCUCCAUCUUAUAACAAUUCAGCAAAAAAGACUUUUCGACCA